AAAAUGUUUUACAAAGUAUAUUAAAUUUCACCAUGGGUUGUUUUUGUAUUUUAAUCUGAUAAGAAUCACAAAUGAGAAAAUUUUAUUUCUAUGUUAAGGCUCUUUAAGCAAGGGUUGACUACUUAUGUGAGCCUCUAGUGUCUCUCUGGAUAUGACUUCAGCAAUGCUGUUCAUUCUGCUCAUUUCAGGGUUGACUACACUUUCCUUUGGACAAAGUGAUCUAAGAUGCCAACGCUACUGGUCACAGUUUGGAUCACGCUGCUUCAGGAUCUUUACAACAGAAACAAGCUGGAAUGAUGCAGAACAAAACUGUGUGAACAUGGGAGGGCAUCUUGCAUCUGUGCACAACAAAGAAGAGUACGCUUUCAUUCAGGGUUUAAUCCUAAAGAUAACUCUUUCAAAUAAACUCACAUGGAUAGGUGCAAAUAAAAUAGAUACGGUUUCCAUUUGGUUUUGGUCAGAUGGGUCAACAUUUGAUUACACCUUCUGGUCUCCAGGACAGCCUGAUAAUUUAAUGGUUGAGAACUGUUUGCAGAUGAAUUAUGGAGGUUGUUGGAAUAAUGCACCCUGCUCAUACCUGUACUCAUCAAUCUGUGCUAAAGCAGCCGUCCCAGCUAUUAUCAGAUUAGUGAUACAACUCAAAAUAGUGUCAGAUAAUAAAUUACUGCAAUCUGACUCUGAAGAACUUAUCCAAAAGGUUAAACAGAGACUGAUAGACAGUGGAAUGCCAAGCAAAUCUACACUUCGCUUGAAAAGAUUGUAUAAGAAACCAGGAUGA